AUGGAUCCUAUUAAAUAUAUUUUCGAAAAGCCUACUCUCACAGGAAGAAUUGCGCGGUGGCAAAUGCUUUUGUCAGAAUAUGAUAUCGUAUACGUCACUCAAAAAUCUGUCAAGGGUAGUGCUCUAGCUGAUUAUUUGGCCCAACAACCUAUUAGAGAUUAUCAGCCGAUGCAACCCAACUUUCCUGAUGAAGAUAUCAUGGCUUUGUUCGAAAAAGUUGAGGGAGGCCAAAGUGAAAAAUCUUGGACUUUACUGUUUGAUGGGGCUUCCAAUGUAAAAAGACACGGAAUAGGAGCAGUACUUAUAUCCCCAGAGAAUCAAUACACACCCAUGACCGCUAGGUUGUGCUUCAACUACACCAACAAAAUCGCCGAAUACGAGACUUGUGUUAUGGGCAUUAAAGCAGCAAUUGAAUAUAAGAUAAAGAUUUUGACUGUACAUGGGGAUUCAGCCCUAGUCAUCAACCAAUUGAAGGGGGAAUGGGAGACCAGGGAUGCAAAACUAGUCCCCUAUCAAGCCUACAUCAAUAAGUUGAAUGAGGACUUUGACUCCAUCACGUUUCAUCACAUACCGCGAGAUGACAAUCAAUUGGCAGAUACCUUGGCUACCUUAUCAUCAAUGUAUGAGAUUAAUCGGGAUAUGGAAGUACCAAUGAUCAAAAUGAAGAGCCAUGUAGAGCCAGCAUACUAUCAUUCCAUAGAUUUAGAGCCAGACGGGAAGCCUUGGUAUUACGAUAUUAAGAACUAUCUAAAGACUCAGGGGUAUCCAGAAGGGGCAUCUGAAAACGAUAAGAGGACACUGAGGAGGUUGGCGGCAAACUUUAUCUUAAACGGGGAUGUUUUGUACAAAAGAAAUCAUGACAUGGUACUCCUCAGGUGUGUGGAAGCAAAGGAGGCUGAGUCAAUUUUGGAAGAGGUUCAUGAAGGCACAUUCGGAACACACAUGAAUGGGCACUCAAUGGCUAGAAAGAUUCUGAGAGCGGGUUACUUUUGGUUAACCAUGGAACGAGAUUGUUGUGCGCAUGUAAGAAAGUGUGAAAAAUGCCAAAAGUAUGCAGAUAAUAUCAAUGCACCACCCGUAAACAUAAAUGUAUUAACGGCACCUUGGCCAUUUUCAAUGUGGGGAAUAGAUGUCAUCGGGGCUAUAGAACCCAAAGCAACAAAUGGACAUCGCUUUAUACUGGUCGCAAUUGACUAUUUCACCAAAUGGGUAGAAGCUGCCUCCUAUGCCAAUGUCACUAGAAAGGUAGUGACAAAAUUCAUAAAAAGAGAUUUAAUUUGCCGAUAUGGGCUCGCUGACAAGAUUAUCACUGAUAAUGCCAGAAACCUGAACAAUCAAAUGAUGAAAGAGUUGUGCGAAGAGUUUAAGAUUCAACACCAUAAUUCUUUACCUUAUCGUCCACAUAUGAAUGGAGUAGUCGAAGCUGCAAAUAAGAACAUCAAGAAGAUUGUACAAAAGAUGGUAGUCAUGUAUAAGGACUGGCCGAAAUGCUUCCUUUCGCUUUACAUGGUUACCGCACAUCAGUAUGCACGUCAACCGGGGUAA